AUGGCGGCUCGGUGGUCUACUUUCCUUGUUGCAGCGGCAACUCUCUGCCAGCCAACUCUUUCAGAGCCAAUCUACCGUGAGACGGUAUCAUUCAAGGGCCCAUUCGAAGUUGAGAGCAACGGAAUUCGUAACAUCAACAUCGACUACAAUGGUCCUCUCGAUGGUGAGCUGGUCAUUGUCUAUGGCGCUUGCGAUAUCACGAGCCCUCAGAACGCACACCAUAAGAUUGGCCAGACUCAUGUCGGAAACCACCCAGCUGCGAAGCGUCAUCUGGAAUGGACUGACCAAAGGCCGACCAAGUUCGUCUGGGUCGUACCUAAAGAUGUAUCUUCUGGUUGCCUUCAUGCUUUUGUUGACGAUGAAUUGGUUGGAAGGUCCACUGAGCUUGUUGUAAAGGGCCGAAGAAUGAGGAAGCGUGCUACAUUCGCCGACUCUACCGAUCCCAUGGGUCCUUGGUUCGAUGGUGUCGAAUACUUGAAGCAAAAGCAGCCUGAUGACGUUUUUGUUGCGUCGGUCAAGAACAAGACCUUUGGUAUCUUGGGCGCGGGCAUCUCCGGUUUGCACACUGGUUUGCUCCUUGACUCAGUUGGCAUUCACAACUGGAAGAUUUUGGAAUCAUCCGAUCGAGUUGGUGGUCGAAUUCGCACCACCUACCUCAACGGAUCGGCUCCUGAGGACCACCAGCAUCAUGAGCUAGGCCCCAUGCGCUUCCCGCACACGAUCCAUGAUCCGGCGACCAACGAAACUUACCCCAUCAAUGAUCAGAAGAUGAUUUAUCAACUAGCCGACGUUCUCAAUGAGAUUAACAAGGACGCAGACCCCUCUCUGCAAGUCAAGUUCAUUCCCUGGAUCCAGGUUUCAGACAAUGCUCCUGUGGCGACCACCCAGCGCCGGGUUGACGGUACCGUUCCGGGCCGCAAGGAAAUCGCCGCCAACCCUUCUCUUCAGAGCAAUGUCACUUACUCCAACGCUACAGCUGUCAAAGAAGCCCAAAAAGCCUUGGACGACUUCAAAGAUCUUACUCCCGAAAAGGCAAAGUUUUAUGCUACAAAUGUCUUCCAAGCGCACAAGCAGGCAGUUGAACAGGGAAUGUUUGACUUUUCCGAGGUUGAAUAUCUCCGCUUUGUCAUGAAGACAGACCUCAAUGUGACAGACGAAACUACAACCUCUGCAGUUGUCUGGCCCAUGUGGGAGUUUGAGACGGUGUACUUUAUGGCAAACGAGUGGCGCACUGUUGACGGUGGCAUCAGUCGUCUUCCUGCCGCUUUUGAGAACAUUAUCAAAGAUCGCAUCUCCUACAACACCAAAGUUUUCAGCGUCAAGUACAACGAGGAUUCGAAAGACCUUGAUGUGACCUGGCGUAGGACUGGCAGCAGCCCCUGGUCCAAGAACACCACCACUGAGAGAUUCGACUACAUCUUCAACAGUGUCCCUCUCAAUGUGCUCAAGUACUGGAAACUGCCCCCUCAUUCCAGUCUCAUGCGUCGCGCUAUUGAGCGUACUGUCUUCCUUGGUGCUGUCAAAGUUGCUAUGCAAUACAAGACCCGUUUCUGGGAGCAUCUCGAGCACCCCAUCAUUGGCGGCUGUGGACGCACUGAUAUUUACGGCAUCGGUCAGAUUUGCUACCCUUCCUACAACAUUAACGGUACCGGCCCUGGUGUCAUGCUCACCUCGUAUGCUCCCGAUGCAGAUGCCGUAGUUGCGUGCGCCAUGCCUGUUGAGGAGCACAUUGCUUAUAUUCAGCAAGCCAUGGUCGAAAUCCAUGGCCCGAUUGCGGAUGAGAUGUGGACCGGUAACUACGAACGUCAUUGCUGGGAGCACGAUGAGCACCACGCUGGCGCUUUUGCAGUUCCUAUAGUGCCCCAGCAGCAGCUCUAUCUGCCUGCUUUCUGGCAGACAGAAUUUAACACUGUCUUCAUUGGUGAAGCCACUAGUUUCACGCACUCAUGGGUCUUCAGUGCCCUUGAGAGCUCUACACGUGGUACUGUUCAGAUGCUGCUUGACCUUGGCUUGGUUGAUGAGGCCAAGCAGAUCACCCGCACUUGGAUGGCGAGAUGGAUUAGUCUUUAG